AUGCUUUCUGGUGUAUUUAUCGGUUUCUGGAAAUAUUAUCUUUUCCGAGAAAGUGAAUAUUCCAACAAUUUACUUGAACCUGAUUUUUUGUUGUAUUACAAUUUAUCGAUGGAUUCAAUUGCGUAUAAUGGUCCAAUUUAUGAAAUAUGUGAAAACGGAACAUGUUAUGUACCAAAUUCAGCCAUUGUUGGAAUGUCUGUUAUUCUUAUCAUGCUUGUAAGUGAACCACAAAAAUGUCUAGAAAUAACCUUGAGUUUUUAGUUUUCCUGUUUUUUUAUAAUGAGCUACUUUGGUUUCAAAUGUUAUACAAAACUUCAACUCCCAAGUAACAUGAGUAAUUCAACAAAAUCAUUACAAAAACAGCUUUUCGUCGCUCUUCUGAUUCAAUCCAUAAAUCCAAUCAUUUUCAUGUACAUUCCACUAUCAAUGUUAUUUUUAUCACCAAUUUUCGGAAUUGGAUUUGGAUCCUAUGCAAAUAUUUUAAUGAUUUGUCUCUCAAUCUAUCCACCACUCGAUCAAUUUGCAAUUAUUUAUAUAAUUCGAGACUUUAGAAUUGCUAUUAAUGGUAAAAUCAGAUAUUGUUUAUUUCAAAUAAUUGUUGGUAUUUCAGAUUUCUUUAUGGGAAAAACACAAAACGACAUGUUGUUCAGAGUCAGUAAACGUAACAGCGUUGGAAGCAACACCAAUACUUGA